UAUUAACCAUUAACUGAGUGAGUACUUAACUUCAUUAUUUCAGUAUCGUGUUACUAUUGCUAACAUUACGUCGAUCGCGCUUCCUGUGUUCACUUGAAGAUUACACAAAUCAAGUUUGGCUAAAUUUUAGCUGAAACAACCUAACAAAUUUCUUAUCUGCUGAUAGAUCACUAGAAUAUCUCAGUCAUGGCCCAAGGUUUGAAGGUUUUUGGGACUCACUCAAUCUUGAUUUGAAGUUAUGCGCUACUUCAGGUGGUUGCAUUGUGGUGUCUGGAUCAUAAUAAUUACGUGUGUCGUGUUCUUAAGCAUAGAGACAGACGCAGAGGAGCGACCGAAUGCUUCAUGUAUCAAUAACACAGUAUGCUCUUGUAACGAAGGAUUCAGUGGAAAUGGAAUCAACUGCAGUGAUGUAGACGAGUGUGCGUCAUCAUCUCACCAGUGCAAUAUGUCUGCAAACUGCAUUAAUACUCUUGGUUCCUACAGAUGUAACUGUUCAGCUGGGUUUAUCGCUCAUGACAAUUCUUGUCUUGAUAUCAAUGAGUGUGUGCAAAACUUACAUAGAUGUAAUGCGCAUGCCUCAUGCCUUAACACCGCUGGAUCCUACAAUUGCAGUUGCCACCAAGGAUACGAGGGUGAUGGAUUCAAUUGUAAUAAUAUUGACGCAUGCGCAUUGGAGACUGAUAAGUGUCACUCGAAUGCGACCUGUUUGAAUUAUCAAGGAUCCUUUAAGUGCUCUUGUAAAACAGGAUUUACCGGAAAUGGCUCUAACUGUGAAGAUGUUGACGAGUGCUUGCUGAAUACGGAUGCAGGCUUGACCGGAAAUGAAUCCAACUACACGGAUGUCAACAACAGUCUGACAAAAAUCGAUAGAUGCCACUCCAACGCAACUUGCAUGAACACGCCUGGUUCUUUCCAAUGUACUUGUAGAUCAGGUUAUACAGGUAAUGGUGUUGACUGUACGGAUAUCAACGAAUGUCAACGCGGAGAACAUAAUUGUCAUAUUAAUUCUAUGUGCGUAAACUCAAAUGGUUCGCACAGCUGUAUUUGCUCACCAGGUUAUCAAGGAAACGGCUUGGAUUGUAGUGACAUCAAUGAAUGUACCCAAGACAGUUCUAACUGCGGUGAAAACGCGAACUGUCUGAACACACAAGGGUCUUAUAAAUGUAAAUGCAACGAAGGUUUCUUCGCGUACGGAAAUUCCUGUAAACCCUACGACAACUGUAUGUCAAGCUUGAAUUGUCCCACAAACGCAAAUUGUGCAGAAUUGAACGGAUCCUUCGUGUGCCAGUGUAAAAGUGGAUUCUUUGGAGACGGUUACAAUUGCACAGAUGAAGGCCGAUCUACACUGAAGACAGCGGAAGCAAGGGUCACAAAGGUGCAAGCUCGGCAGCAAGUUAUCAUUGGUUCAGUGUUAGGGGCUGUGGCUUUCAUCAUUGUUGCGGGAUUAAUUGUCCUUUUUGUCAGAUUAAGGUGGAAAAAAGAAAACAAGCCGAUGAUUCGUCAUGCCAGCACGGUCAUGGGCCAUAUUGACGAAAUUAUGAUGGAAGAACAAACCGACAAAGCACUCGAUUGUGUAUCUGUCGGAUCUUCCCGUUUCUCCAUUCCAAGCCUUCACCUUUCAAGUCUAAGCAUAAACAGAAUACACAAAAAAGACGGUCAUUUAUGACGACAUUGGAUAUUCUUUUGUUUGCGGCUGUUUUAAAAACUUCCUGUUCUUCAGUUGUAAUUUAAACGAAGCGAGCAGAAUGGCAAGUAGAUAAAUUUUUCCCUAGUCUAUUCGAGUGGGGUCAUCUAAUACCCUUUGUUGCAGUUCCUAUGCGGUAAACAUGUCUUUCAGUGUCGCGAUUGUGAUGUUUGAAUGAUUCUUUUCUUGGGUAUCAUGUGUAGUCUUAAACGGAAAAGCAAUUCAGUAGUUUCACGACAUCUUUAACAAAAAUCAAUGUUGAUAUUUCUCUUACUGUAGUCUUACGUGAGCAUACCUGAUUACAAUAACGUACGUUGUCACGGAAAAAGGAAAAUUUUUGAACACGAAUGCGAAAGACGAAUUUGUCAUAUGAAUAAAAUUCGUUCAUGAAUCGCAAACUGUUUCAUCUUUUUUAUCCUUGUUGCAUUUAUUGUUGUUUCUGCGAGUUUUUCCUUUUUUCUUCCAUACGCCGAACUAACUUUUUUAGUAAAAAUUAGUUUUAUAAGUGACAAGGAAGGACUCAAUAAUUGACGUACAUUCCACCUUAAUUGCUGCUUACCUUUAAACUUUUGAUUUAUUUAAUUUAUGACAUCUUCAUUGAAAACACGACGUCUUUUUCCGCAGCUAAAUAUAAUAAUACGACAAACAAGGGAACUCCUUGUGACCUUAGUCUCCGCGGAAACAACCUUGGCUCUUCUUGGAAAUGGAAAGGAAACUGAAAAGUUGUUGCAGCUGGGACGCAUUUUACGGGACAUAUAACCGAAGUUGCGAUAUGAAAAAUCCUGGAAAGUUUCGUGAGAGCGCUUGAGUAAAUAAUUCAGUAUAUUUCCUGUCCAAAGGAUAAAUUAUUCAUUACGGGACUUUCCCUCCGAGCAGGAACAUCUCGAAUGCUACACACUUCAUCUCACACCCCUUUCAAAGAGAAUCUUUUCCAAGUUCAAGUUGAAGAGUAGGCGUCCAGCCAAAAGCAUAGGCAUACGAAAAAGCCAAGAAGGUUCGUCAGCGUUUCCUGAGCGCAUCAUCACCAUUCACUUCCAGGUGUCCACGGUGUUUAUGCAAACAGAAUCGAAAUACACCACCUCAAUUUAAGAUUAUAAGUAACUUUCAUUUCAUGAUGCUCGAUCGUGUAAUGACUAUUCAACAGAUAUUAUUUCAUUCUUGAAUAAAGAGGUUUUCGUAUCCAAGGUAAGCCGGUGUUAGAGACCCAUUGUCUCUUUUGUAGUCGAUUCGCUGGGGUUAUUUGUUUGGGGGAUUUGAGCUUAACUGUUGAAAAAAACUCUAGUAAAAGCGAAAGUUUUGACUCUUGGUUUUUUUAUCCCUGUCAAAGCGGCAGAACAUCGCCUGUCAUUGAGCGAAGGGAUUGGAUCGCUGCCUCCUCAGUUCGCUUGCGAUUAGAAACUGUGUUGAGAUAUACUAACGUCAUGACAGAACACUAUGGGUCAGCGGAUUUGAUCAUGAAAACCCUACGCUGUAUUCACAACAUUUAAA